UGGGAGGGGGCAGGAAUGGGAGGAUUCUGUCUGGCCCAGCUCCUCCUCCCCCUUGGCAGUGCUCAGUCUGCCUAUCAGUCUGAGCUGCUGCUGCUGAAGCUGGUCUGCCUGAAGUCUCCGGAGAGAGGGCAAGGCAGCUGGUGGAGUCUGAAGCCAGAGGAAAUCAUGGGGCCCGGGGCUGAGCUAUGCACUCUCCUAGGCGGACUCUCAUUCCUCCUGCUACUGACAUCAGGCGAGGGGGCCAAGGGUCGAUCCCUCAAAGAGAGUCAGAGGGUCUGCUCCAAGCAGACUGUGGUGGUUCCACUCCGUUACAACGAGUCCUACAGCCAACCUGUGUACAAGCCCUAUCUGACCCUGUGUCCUGGGAGGCGUGUCUGCAGCACAUACAGGACAACAUACAGGGUGGCUUGGCGGGAGAUAAGGAGAGAAGUACAGCAGACCCACGUCGUGUGUUGCCAGGGCUGGAAGAAGCGACAUCCUGGGGCACUCACCUGUGAUGAAGCUGUCUGUGCCAAGCCCUGCCAGAAUGGAGGUGUCUGCAUUCAGCCAGAACAGUGCGAGUGUGCCCCUGGCUGGGGUGGGAAACACUGUCAUGUUGACGUGGAUGAAUGCAGGACUAGUGUCACCCUCUGCUCGCACCGCUGCCUCAACACUGCAGGCAGCUUCACCUGUGGUUGUCCCCAAGGCCUGGAACUAGGCCCAGAUGGGCACACCUGUGCAGAGACCUCCUCGGAGUCCCCAAGCAGUGCCAGUAUUCUCAGCGUCACUGUUAGAGAAGUGGAACAGGAUGAGCGUGCCCUGAGGCGGGAGAUUGGUGAGUUACAAGAACGCCUGGAGCGCCUGGAACAGUGGGCUGGUAAGGCUGGGGCCUGGGUCCGAGCUGUGCUGCCUGCACCACCUGAAGAGAUACAGCCAGAGCAAGUGGCAGAGCUGUGGGGCCAGGGUGACAGGAUCGAGUCUCUCAGCGACCAGGUCAUGCUGCUGGAGGAGAGGCUGGGUGCCUGUUCCUGUGAGGACAACAGCCUGGGCCCAGGCCUCAGUUGGAAACGGAGAUAAAGGAACUACUGCUGGACCCAUGCCCCCUAAUUUAUACAGAAUCUGGACCCACUAAUCUGCUGGGAUUGGCUGACUGGAGAGGUGCAGAUAAGGUUACCAGCCACUGAAGAGCAAUGGAUGGAAGAAGGGGAAAGGCGGGCUGUCUUGGUCAGUCCCGCCCCUGAGUUUUCAGGCUGGGGCAGUUUACCUGGGCAAGAACUACUUCUUCAACUUAACAAAUAUAGCCAGAAAGUGCCCAGAU